CAGGAAGAUGGCGCUGCGUCUGCUGUGGAGAGCGCCACGCGGAACGGCGGCGGCGCUGCCGAGGCUGAAACCAUCUCUGGCAGCUGAUGUGCCCAGGCUUGGAUAUAGUUCCUCCUCCAAUCACAAGUACAUUCCCCGGAGGGCAGUGCUCUAUGUACCUGGAAAUGAUGAAAAGAAAAUAAAGAAGAUCCCCUCCUUGAAUGUAGAUUGUGCGGUGCUCGACUGUGAGGAUGGUGUUGCUAUGAACAAAAAGAAUGAAGCUCGAUCAAGAAUAGUAAGAACUCUUGAAGACUUUGAUCUGGGCCCAACUGAAAAGUGUGUCAGAAUCAACUCGGUGUCCAGUGGUCUGGCCGAAGAAGACUUGGGGGUCCUCCUGCAGUCCCGGGUCCUCCCUUCCAGCCUGAUGCUGCCGAAGGUCGAAGGUCCUGAAGAAAUCCAGUGGUUUUCAGACAAAUUUUCAUUCCACUUAAAAGGCCGAAAACUUGAACAACCUAUGAAUUUAAUCCCUUUUGUGGAAACUGCAAUGGGUUUGCUCAAUUUUAAGGCCGUGUGUGAAGAAGCACUAAAGACCGGACCUCAAGUGGGUCUUUUUCUAGAUGCAGUUGUUUUUGGAGGAGAAGACUUCCGAGCCAGCAUAGGUGCAACAAGUGGUAAAGAAGCCCAAGAUAUCCUGUACGCCCGACAAAAGAUUGUUGUUACAGCGAAGGCCUUCGGUCUGCAGGCCAUAGAUCUGGUGUACAUCGACUUUCGAGACGGAGAGGGGCUCCUCAGGCAGUCCAGGGAAGGAGCUGCGAUGGGGUUUACCGGUAAGCAGGUGAUACACCCUAACCAAAUUGCCGUGGUGCAGGAACAGUUUUCUCCUUCUGCUGAAAAAAUUAAGUGGGCUGAAGAACUGAUUGCUGCCUUUAAAGAACAUCAGCAAUUAGGAAAGGGAGCCUUUACUUUCCAAGGGAGUAUGAUCGACAUGCCAUUACUGAAGCAAGCCCAGAACAUUGUCACGCUUGCCACAUCCAUCAAGGAAAAAUGAUCUGUUAAAUGAAGCUCCCAUCAGUAACCGCCUCCUUCAGACACAGUGCCUGACUUGGUGAAACUCUUUGAGCUCUCACAACGGAAGCAGCUGGCAUCAGAUGCAGCCAGGAAGCUCCACCACCGGGGAGAUACUAGCUCCAAGUGCACCUUGGUGACCCACCUCCUGGACCGAACCAUGACUACCGGGGACUGACUGAUCUAAGUGGCUGGAGAAUGUCUGGAGUGGUCUAAAGAAGGAGCAGAGUGUAGACUCAAGACUCAUCAAGCUGUGUUAGCCUGGGUCUCCCCGCCCCCCGCCCCCACCUCGCCUCACUGCUUUGGCCCCUCCUCCAUGGCCUUCAUUCUGUCUCAUCUUUCCCAUCUAGUCUCUGUGUCUGCUGUGGGCUUUGCUUCCACAUCCCUUUUCCUGACAGUUUUACGUUCCUUCCUCCCCUCGCAAUUCCUGAAGCAAAAUCAACAAAAUGGGAUUAAAAAAUUUUUUUUGCUAAUUCUGUGUCCAUGUUUUGGAAGUAAAUCUGGCAUCUCAAGUCGGGAGCUGCUUGCACGAUGCUCCCUAGUCCUUCAUUUACUGUGAGCUUGGCACAGGAGGUUUAUUAGCCCAUUUUACUGCAGAGAGCCCGAGUGCAGAGGAGAGCGAAUGUUGUACUUUGG